CGCCCGGCUCCAAGCAAGUGUCCCCCGACUGGCGCGCCCGCAAGUCCUCCCUCGGCUGCUCCUGACCUGGCAGCGGCGUCGAGCGGGGGCGGCGGGGCGGGGCUCACGGCCAUUGGCGGGCGGCGGGACGGGGGCGGGGGCGUGGAGGGUCGGUCCCUGGGCGCUGGGGGCCGGCCGCAGUCGCUGCCUUCAUCCACAGAGCCAGUGCCCAGCGCAGAGCCGCGCCCGCGAUGAGGGAGAUCGUGCACAUCCAGGCGGGCCAGUGUGGGAACCAGAUCGGCACCAAGUUUUGGGAAGUGAUCAGCGAUGAGCACGGUAUCGACCCGGCCGGAGGCUACGUGGGAGACUCGGCGCUGCAACUGGAGAGAAUCAACGUCUACUACAAUGAGUCAUCCUCUCAGAAAUAUGUGCCCAGGGCCGCCCUGGUGGACUUAGAGCCAGGCACCAUGGACAGCGUGCGCUCCGGGCCUUUUGGGCAGCUUUUCCGGCCUGACAACUUCAUCUUCGGCCAGACGGGCGCAGGGAACAACUGGGCGAAGGGGCACUACACAGAGGGCGCGGAGCUGGUGGACGCGGUGCUGGAUGUGGUGCGGAAGGAGUGCGAGCACUGCGACUGCCUGCAGGGCUUCCAGCUUACGCACUCGCUGGGCGGCGGCACGGGCUCGGGCAUGGGCACGCUCCUUAUCAGCAAGAUUCGCGAGGAGUUCCCGGACCGCAUCAUGAACACCUUCAGCGUCAUGCCCUCGCCCAAGGUGUCGGACACGGUGGUGGAGCCCUACAAUGCCACGCUGUCGGUGCACCAGCUGGUGGAGAAUACCGAUGAGACCUACUGCAUCGACAACGAGGCGCUCUACGACAUCUGCUUCCGCACCCUCAAGCUGACCACGCCCACCUACGGGGACCUCAACCACCUAGUGUCGGCCACCAUGAGCGGGGUCACCACCUCGCUGCGCUUCCCGGGCCAGCUCAACGCCGACCUGCGCAAGCUAGCGGUGAACAUGGUGCCCUUCCCACGCCUGCACUUCUUCAUGCCCGGCUUCGCGCCGCUCACUAGCCGCGGCAGCCAGCAGUACCGGGCCCUGACCGUGCCAGAGCUCACCCAGCAGAUGUUCGACGCCAGGAACAUGAUGGCCGCCUGCGACCCCCGCCAUGGCCGCUACCUGACCGUGGCCACCGUGUUCCGCGGCCCCAUGUCCAUGAAGGAGGUGGACGAGCAGAUGCUGGCCAUCCAGAGUAAGAACAGCAGCUACUUCGUGGAGUGGAUCCCCAACAACGUGAAGGUAGCCGUGUGCGACAUCCCACCCCGCGGCCUGAAGAUGGCCUCAACGUUCAUCGGCAACAGCACGGCCAUCCAGGAGCUGUUCAAGCGCAUCUCCGAGCAGUUCUCAGCCAUGUUCAGGCGCAAGGCCUUCCUGCACUGGUUCACGGGUGAGGGCAUGGACGAGAUGGAGUUCACCGAGGCGGAGAGCAACAUGAACGACCUGGUGUCUGAGUACCAGCAGUACCAGGAUGCCACCAUCAAUGAUGGGGAGGAAGCUUUUGAGGAUGAAGAAGAGGAGAUGGAUGGAUAGGUGGAAUAGAGGAGCCGCCCCAGCUCAGAUCCUACAAUAGGCAAGUUCCUUCUUGAACCCUGGUGCCUUCUACCCCAUGGCCCUGAAUGGUGCACUAGCCUAGGUGUGUUGGUGUUGGUCCCUCACAAAUAAAGCCAAGUCACAUAAUCAGUCAUCUGGAACAAAGACAAUACUUUAAAACAGCAGAGAAUUGUGCGUUCUACCCAGUCAGAAGAUAAUACUAUGGAGACUUUCUACUAGAGGACUUGAAAGAGAACUGAGGGGCCACAAAAUAAACUUCACCUUUCAUUAAGUGUUCAAGCAUGUCUGAGAAUUAGCAGGGGAGUUAGAAACAGUCAUUUUCAUCCUUUGUGAUGAAGCCUGAAGCUGUGCCGUGUUGCCUUAUUUGAAUAUGCAGUAUGGGACUUUGAAAUAAUUGAGUCAUAAUAAAAUACUAAAUGUGUGUCUUCAUC